AUGAAUACAGAAAUCCUGCUCCCGGAUAACCAUAAUGAGUUUCGCAGUGAUACUUUCACCACGCCCACCCAGAGUAUGCUUGAAAGUGUCAAAAUGGCUUCUCUAGGUGACUCUGUAUAUAAUGAAGAUAAAGAUACCAUUGCUCUUGAGACAAAAGUUGCCUCCAUGAUGGGAUUCGAUGCUGGUGUGUUCUGUGUCUCUGGAACUUUGUCUAACCAAAUCGCAUUAAGGACACACUUAACCCAGCCUCCACAUUCUGUUUUGUGUGAUUAUAGAGGUCAUGUCUAUGUGCACGAAGCUGGAGGUUUGGCAACUCUAUCUCAGGCCAUGGUCACCGCCAUCAUUCCAAGUAACGGACUAUACUUGACCUUGGAAGAUAUUAUUGAAAGAUUCAUUCCAGAUGAUGGGGAUGUUCAUGCAGCACCAACAAAAGUUGUCUCUCUGGAAAAUACGUUGCAUGGUUUAAUCUAUCCAAUUGAAGAAAUCAAGCGUAUUAGUCACUGGUGUCGUGAAAAAGGAAUCAAAAUACAUUUAGAUGGUGCUAGAAUCUGGGAUGCUCACAUUGCAACUGGUAUUCCAUUGAUUGAGUAUAGCAAGUUCUUUGAUUCUAUUUCAGUCUGUUUGUCCAAGGGUUUAGGUGCUCCUGUGGGUUCGGUUCUAGUUGGCGAUAAGAGCUUCAUCCAAAAGGCAACGCAUUUCAAGAAGCAAAAUGGUGGUGGUAUUAGACAAGCUGGAAUCCUUACAAGGAUGGCAAGUAUUGCAAUAGAUGAGAAUCUCUCAAAAAUGAAACAUGCACAUAUAAAGGCAAAAGAGGUUGCCCAAUACUGUGAAAAAUUGGGGUUGAUACUAGAAAUUCCAACACAAACUAACUUUGUGUUUUUGGACACAAAGAAAAACUAUAUCAAUCCAUCAACUAUAACAGCUAUGGGUGAAAAGUAUGAUAUCAAAAUUUCUGGCUUUCGUUUUGCAUUCUCAUUUCAAACUAGUGAUAUUGCUGUACAAAACCUAAAACGUGCCUUGAAAGAUAUCAAAGAGCACGCUAGUUCGUAUCCAUACUACUCCAGGGGACCUGUUGGAAUUUACCAAGGAAAUAAGAAAGCUUAA